UCUAAAUCAAACAUCUGUUCCAUACAUGGACAAAAUCUUGCAAAAAGAUUACUAAGAUUCAAGAAUAUGGCAGCAGAAGUAGGCAUUUUCUCUGCUGUCAGUUUAAAGCUCCCAAUUACAAAUCACAAGCUAUUUUCUCCUCCUUUUCCACUUCACAAUCUCAAGAAAAGAAGCCAUGGUUUCAAAGUUUCAGCAAAUUUAGGUGGUGGAGGAGAGCCUGGAGAGGGAGAAAUCAAGAAAGGAGGGAAAAAGAAGUUCAUCACCAAGGAACAAGAACCAGAACAGUAUUGGCAAACAGCAGGCGAGAGAGAAGGGGAGAAUCCCAUGAAAACACCACUCCCUUACAUAAUCAUCUUUGGUAUGUCAACUCCUUUUGUUAUUUUAGCCAUUGCUUUUGCCAAUGGCUGGAUUAAGGCCCCUAUUAGAUGAUCAUGUUCACUAAUUUGUAUAAAUACUACACUACACUACACUAUCAAUUUCUUCCUCAUUUUUGUCUUCUUCACUUUUGGAAUGUACCUAAACUCUCAUGUUUCAAUCUCUUUUUUACUUUGUUA